UUGACAGUUCUCCACUCAGUCAGGGUAACGUUUUAAGGUGGCCGUGAGGGGCUAAAGGUGCAUACCACCUUAUGCCGGUGGGACAGUUUCCGCAGCGUCUUUCUGUGCGAGGAUACUGUGGUCAAUAGGCGUGGGCCUAUUCACUGCAGAUGCCUUACACGUUUAAUGGAUUGGUCGAAUUUGCCGGAACCUGGGGUGAUCAGGAUUUUCUCUUUCUUGUCCUUCUCAGAGCGAUGUAAGGCGUCCACAGUCUGCAUUAGAUGGUACGAGAGUUUCCUCUCGCCAAGCGUCUGGGAGAGAACGCUGCUAACUUUCAGGGAACCUCAAGAUGAGAGGCUGACGGAAUAUGUCACCCGGUGGGGUCAUCUCAUUAAACAUCUUUCCGUAGACGUAGAUCAGUUUGACUCGCAAAACCGCGAGGCCGCCUGCAAAGUGCUACGAUGCCUGAGCAAACUGAGGCAAAGACGGCUGAACUCGUUCACCAUGACAUUUAUUGGGGUCAAUCCCAUGUUUUAUUCGGGGGCAGAGUUUGUGGAAUGUUUUAAAGAGCUCUUCGUUGUCGGCGAUCGUCCACAAUUCGUAUCCUUGGAUCUAAGCAAUGUCAAGUUUUCCAUUAACGAAGACGUUAUGAACAUCAUAGCGGAAAAUAACCCGGGCAUAGAAAAACUGAACAUCCAGUGCGAUGCCUUGAUAUGUAAAGUUAGCCCAGACUGUAUGAAGCGCACGAUUCAGCGCUGCCGGAAUCUCAGAGACGUCAGGCUCAUAUCUUGUAGUCUCACAGAAGACGUCUUCAAACUGUUCACGGAAGACGGCAGGGGACAAUUGCAACACUUGUCCCUCAUGGUGCGCCGUGAGCAAAAAUUCGCGGUGCCCAUUUCCUCAGAGUGCUGGUCCGUUGUUCGAGCUCAUUUACCGGGACUCCGUGUGUCUUUGGGGUUCGACUCCACGUGCCCCAUGGACGUCAUCGCCCUUGUUCUCAAACCUGAAAUCCCCGUGUACAGAAUAAAGCUGGCCGUGUACGCACCCGUGGAAGACAGCAUGUUUUACAUUCCCGUGUAUUACAAGGAAACCGUGGAGACCUUGAUUCUCCAUCCAAUGGCCAAUCAGAAAUUUUACACAGCUCUAGAAUUUGUAGCCAAGGAAUGCCGAAAUCUAAGGACAUUGCUGGUGUAUUGUGUACUUCCUAAGGACCUUAUAGAACGAAUACUGGAAAUGUGUCCAGAAAUGAAAGCACGGGGUACCUAUAUUCUAAAAUCCGAGGCGGAACCAGAGUCCAAAUGGGUCAUGGAAAAAGACGCAAAUAAAUCGCUAUCGCAGAAAUAAUUUUCAUCAGGGCAAAUAGGAAUUCUGUUCCUAGCUGGACUAUAUUUAAUAGAAGAAUGGUCCUCAAUAGUGCUUUACGUCUUAUUAUUGAUGGGUGCUUGCUUCGUGCUGGUCACACUGGCAUUAUUCAUAUAUAGUUUAAACGUAAUGGUGCAUUGAAUAAGUGAUUGUGCUAUCUGCAUUUUCGCCUGUUACUGUUAGAUUGUAAACUUGUGUCGAGGUGAUGCGAAAAUAUGUCCUGGUUUUAUUGGUAUAUUUUGUUAUAAGUAUGUCAUAAUUAAGGUUGCA